AUGAUCUGUAUUCUCGACCCCUACCACGGGGCCGCCAUGGCAGUGCUGCAGUCCGAACUAGGUGUCGAACUCGUGUUCUCUAAUAUCCGCGAGAGGCGCAAUGGCGGGACAUUACCGACGGAGUCGUUGGUUCAAACCGAGACGCGGAUCAUCGUGAAGAACUUGAAGGCCGUAUCGCGACUUCAGGUGGUGAAGCAAGGCGUCGGCGUCGAUAACAUUGACCUCGACGCGGCAUAUGACCGCGGUGUCGCCGUCUACAACACGCCAUCCCUCAAACUGGAGGCCGUCGCGGAACUGACGCUGGCGCUGGCCCUAUUCCUUAGUAGACGCGUUACCGAGCUGGACCGCCGCACCCGAAGCUGCGAGCAAGUCGUUCGCAGCAACGCUCUGGGGCAUGAGCUUGUUGCGGUAAACAGUCGGGGUCGUCGGCAUGAGCAACGUUGGGCGCGCCGCUGCAUGGAAAAAUGGAUCGGUGCCUGCGAGACGACCAUCGUCGGCUACGACCCCGCGGCCCCGGCCGUGGGCAUCUGGAUUCUGGCCGGACAUUCCCCACAGCCGCCUGUCAUCCACAAGGCCAUAUACUAA